GAUAGGGGCACUGCGAGGGAGCCGGGGGGGAGGGGGCAGCGCCCGGCUGCGAGAUGGGAAAGGGAAGGGCUCCUCUUACCUCCCCCCUCCUCCCCUUCCGCCCAGGGACUUGAUGUAUAGGCAGGAGCCAUUUUGUGUACGUUUCGCCUUCUGCGAGGAAGCGCUCGGCGUGCAGAAGGCUGCUGAGGGGGCUUCAGGGAGCGGUGGUGGAGCUGAGGGAGAGCUGUGGAGGAUGACUCAGCAGGGAGCUGCUCUGCAGGGUUACAAUAACGAGCUAGUGAAAUGCAUUGAAGACUUAUGUAUGCAAAAAGAAGAGCUGAACAAACAAAUCCAGCAAGCAGAAGAGGAAAAAAAUAAACUCCAGCAUCAAAUCCAAGUCCUGAAUGAGAAACUGGAGUGUGUAUGUGAAAACCUGGCCCAAAAGGUAGCUUCACGGAAUGAGCUUGAUAAAAUUCUUGCUGAAACUGAAGCUGCUUACAUGAAGAUUUUGGAUAGUUCUAGAACUUUGCUUAAUGUCCUGAAGAAGGAAGUAGGAAGCUUAAAGAGUACGCCAGAACUGAAAAGCCAUGUAACUUGAAACUGUCGAAUGUUUGGACUUCGUAGUUCUGAAAUACCACUAGGUGAGAAAUAUGGUUAGCCACAGAAGCCUCCAACAAUAGUAUAAGCAGAAGAGGGCUCUCUUCCAGUUUUUCUAUAUGUUUUUCUUUUUUAAAGUAUUCGAAAUCCUGUAGUGCAUAGAUGAAAUAAACUUAUUUUGCUUAAAAAGA